AUGGAUGCCCUGUUUGCCUGGGGCUUCCCACUGUCACUGGUCCUGGCGGCCAGCGUCUUCUGGCUCGCGCGGAUACACAACUGGACGCUGCUGGUAGUGCCGUUGGCGUGGAUCGCUGCACUGGCCUUCUACCAUGUUCUUCUGGCCUUCUGCGUGAACCCCAUGGUGUUGCCGAAGGAAUCUUGCCACGCCUGCCUGCGACCAAGCUACGACGAGGUAAGGACGCGACGCUUCUACGAUUGGCACAACUGCAACCCCAUCAAGGUGCUGCUCUCUCACUGCCUUGAUGGGCAAAAGCCCAUUCCUCCUUUCGAGGUGGGCAAGGAGUAUCUGCAGGAGAACUCGGCAGAGUGGAAGGAUAGAUCCGAAAAGUUGCGGCGGCUACCUGGAGAGAUCUGGACACUGCCAUCGGAUCAGGCCGAAGAGGAGAUUUGCCCGCUCAUGGUGCCGGAGGUGGAAGAUCUGCUGCAGCGCCCGAUGGAUUGGUUUGGCCAGAUCAGCCGGAGUGUGAGCAACUUCGGCGCCAAGCGAUCAGCUCCCACGUCUCCGGGCAGAGCGAAGUCAGACGACGAGCGGUUGAGGCCAACCUCGCCACGGUCCGAGCCUCGCUGA